UGUCAGUCAAAAGUGACAUAUUUUAAUUUUUCAUAUGAAGACGAAACUUUCGAAACGCAUUAAAAUUACGUAAGGGUAAACACUUAAAAAUCCCUUCAUACAAUGUCUUUCUUUCUAAAACGCACCAUUGGUGCAGGACGUAAUCUAAGUCGGGCAAUUUUGAAUAAUAACCAAUACCCUGGUCUUCAACUUGUAGCAACAAAAACUGACCAAGUUCAACCUCAAGUCGAAACGCGACCGACUGUUGCCAAAUUUGAUCCGUUGCAAAAAGCUCACCUAGUAGAUUUUGGCAAAUAUGUAGCUGAAUGCCUGCCUAAAUUCGUGCAGAAAGUUCAAAUUACAGCAGGUAACGAACUUGAAGUUCUAGUGCCGACAGAUGGUGUCAUCCCUGUGCUUCAAUUCCUUAAGGAUCAUCACAAUGCACAGUUCGCAAAUCUCGUGGAUAUUGGUGGCAUGGAUGUGCCUAGCCGACCCUACAGGUUCGAAAUUAUCUACAACCUACUGUCACUACGCUACAAUGCUCGAAUUCGUGUGAAAACCUACACUGAUGAACUGACACCAAUCGAUUCAGCUUGCGAAGUGUUCAAAGCUGCCAACUGGUAUGAAAGAGAGAUUUGGGACAUGUACGGUGUCUUCUUCGCUAACCACCCAGACUUGAGAAGAAUUUUAACUGACUACGGUUUUGAGGGUCACCCGUUCAGAAAGGACUUCCCCCUCAGUGGAUAUGUAGAAUUGCGUUAUGAUGAUGAACAGAAAAGGGUUGUGGUUGAACCAUUGGAACUGGCCCAGGAGUUUAGGCGCUUCGAGUUAAGUGCACCCUGGGAGCAGUUCCCAAACUUCAGAGGAAAUCCUGUGUCUGAGGAUGUCGUAGAUAAAACUGAUGACCAACCCAAGAAAGAAUAGACAACAUAAACGAUCAAUAUAUUAGUGAAGGCUAUUAAACUGUUGUAGUUGAUUCUGGUUUUUAUUGCAGUUACAAAAAUGUAAACUACAGAUGAAAAAUUAUGUCAUCAUUAGUACGCCCUUAGAAGAUGAAAUAAUAAAACUAUUAAUUAAAA